AUGAAAUUAAACGCAUCAAAUGCUAAAUAUAUUAGCGAUGCUAUGCUAACUAUAUCACGUCGACUACCUGAUAAAAUAUUUCUAAAACAUUAUCUUGAUCUGGUUUGUAAUGAGCAAUUUCAAAAAUUAGGUAUAACAGCCAAUAAAGAAAUUCUUCGUUUAUUAAAUGAAUAUACAUCCAAUUCAAGUUUGCUAAAAUCUGUUAUAAAACCUUUAUGGGAUAGUCGACCUCAUGAAGAUGUUCGUGCUUGUCUCAUUUUAACAUUGCUUAAUUUUAUUAAUAAAUUACAAUCAAAAGAAGACAAAACAUUAGUCUGGAAAAUUUUAGAAGAAGCAGCAGAUGACAAUUAUCUUCCAGUGGUUCAAUCUCUAUUUUCGGCUCAUCGAGGAAGUUCUCGUUGGCCGUUAUCUCGAUUGAUAACUUCUUCUGAUGACAAUUUUCAGACAUUUAUUAAUCGAAUUCAAUUUAGAAUAUUGGAUCAUCCAACAUCAUUAGAAGCACGUUUAUGGGCUUGGGCCAAUAUUGAUUGUGAACAUUGCGAUGUACAAAACUUAAUUGAAAAGGUUAAACAAUUGUGUGUUCAAUUUGAUAAAAAUGCGAAUACAUUAUGGGAGAACGCUUUCAAUAAAAUAAUUUCAUAUUAUAAACAGCAAAAAAUAUCAUCAUCAAAUGAAAUAAUUGAUAUUAUUAAAAAACUGGUGUCUAUUCGAGCAGAAGUUGAUUCGAAAGAAAAUGCUAUUGAUAAUCAACAUGAUUUACCAGUUUAUCAUCGUAUUCAUCGUAUUUUAACUAUUCUUAUUGAUCGUAUUAAUCAAUUCGAUAAUGAGAAAAAACUCUCUUUUCGUUCUCUUGCACCGAUUAUACUUCAAUUUGAUAAAACAUUCACUUUGACUAUUGGCACACUAUUAAUCAAAAUAGCUCAAAAUAGAGAUGAUCUUAAAGCAAUGUUAAUAUUCUUUCAAGAGAAUUUGUCUGAAAAUUAUUUUGAGAACAUUUUAAUACGAUUAGCAGAAAUUCUCUCAAAUAAAAAGUCUAAUUGUUUUGUCCAACAAUUAACUGUUAAUGAGAAACUUGAUUUAGCUCAAUGGUUUAUCAAAGAAAAAGAUUGUGGAUUAUUUGUUUUCGAUUUACUUAAAAGUCAUGUAUUUAAUCAACCAGGUGCUGAUCGAGAACAAUGCCAAACUCUUCUUCGACAAAUGAGACAAAGUGAGAAUUUAUUUUUAAGACAACAAGCUUUGGAAUAUACUGUACGAUGGAAGAGAAAAAGGGAGAAGCAUCAACGACAGCGUAAUAAAUUGAGUGUUCCAAAUGCUUCCUCUGAUCCAGACACAUCUGAUGUUAGCUUAUUCGAAAUUUUUGACUCCAUAGAGAUUUAA